AUGGCACGACAACGCCGUGCUAGCAAUGUCUCAAACAAUUCAUCCACGCUUGAGCGGGAUGACCAGGUCCUGUCUGCUGCAUCGCGUGGGCGUGUCCUAAGCUCCCAAACAAUAGGCGUGGAAUUCUCGAGCAAAAUCGUAAAGGUCGGCACUGGUGCACGGCGAAAACGCAUAAAGCUACAACUGUGGGACACGGCUGGAACUGAGCGCUUCAGAUCUGUAUCGAGAUCGUAUUAUAGAGGGGCCGCGGGUGCGGUCUUGGUCUAUGACCUAGCCUCUCACACCUCGUUCGAUGCAUUACCCACGUUCUUAAGCGAUGCGCGUGCCCUUGCCUCUCCAAACCUGACUGUCCUUCUUGCUGGCAACAAGGUAGACCUGACGGCUAACAUUACACAAAACGGCGAUGCGUUUCACACACUCCCAACGUCCGCCUCACUAUCAUCAAAUGCAGCUGAAGAUGAUCGUUUGGGAUCAAGCCACUCGUCUAUAAGGUACGGCCUCGGAUCUCAACAGACGCGUACGGUCGCAUCGGAAGGAAGAGAAGUACCACUCGGCGAAGCAUCGCGAUGGGCUUCUGAGUCGUCAAUACCAGUAGCAGUCGAGGUGAGCGCCUUCACAGGUGACGGAGUGGACGACGUCUUUUCAAGACUAGCUAGUAUAAUCUUGACUAAAAUUGAACUCGGAGAAAUUGAUCCGGACGAUCCAAUGAGUGGCAUUCAAUACGGCGACAGCAUGUCCUGGGACGACGGUGGCAGCGUGAAAAGCCGAGGCACAGUAGCGGAAGACGGUGGGUCUGUCAAGAGACGGCGGAAAGGCGGAGGAAAAGGGCCAUCAUGGGGCUCAGACUGGACUUUCCAGCAAGCCGACGACCCAGAUUUCCAUCCCCUCCCAACCCAAGGCUUUCCGACAGAAGUCUUCUUAGAUUUACAUCAUCACAAUUUAAUCCCAAGCCCAUUUCUCGGCAAGAACGAGGACCAAGUUCAAUGGGUAGGCGAAAAGUCCUGGCUCUAUGCUACACGUUUCCUCUCCCCGCCCCUCAUCGAAAACGAAAAUGCAGUCCUGGUCUUCAAAGGGCUAGAUACUUAUGCUACUGUCAAACUCAAUGGAACGAGAAUACUAGAGUCGAGCAACAUGUUUGUGCCAGAGAGAGUCGAUGUUACGAAUAUGCUUUCUUCGGGGGGUGAAGGUAGGCUAAAUGAACUGGAGAUUGUAUUCGAGAAUGCGUGGCUGAAGGGAAAGAAGGUUGUGGGAGAGCAUCCGGAGCAUGCCUGGGGCUGCUGGAAUGGGGAUGUCUAUGAGAUGAGGAUUUCAGAUCUUUAUUUCAAGUCAGUAGUAAGUGAAUCAUUGGACGUUGCUGAAGUAGUAGCAAUGGCCGAUAUUGAAGGCAAAGGAGGCGUGGUCACUUUCGAAAUCUCGUUAGAUCAAGAUGUCGUUGGGAAAGAAAGUGUCAAGGUAGUAGACGGGCACGCAGAAGCCGCAUUCACGACACGAAAGCCGCAUUUAUGGUAUCCUCGGAGAUAUGGCCAGCAACCACUAUAUACUCUGAAGGCUUCGCUGUGUGCCUAUGGCUCUGUACAGGAUACGGAGAGCCAAAGGUUCGGAUUGCGAAGAGCAAGGAUAAAGCAACAAGGGCUUGAGGAUGCAAAGGGUACUACUUUCACUUUUGAGAUAAACAACAUGGCGGUUUUCUGCGGAGGAAGUAAUUGGAUACCAACAGAUAGCUUCCUCACCCGCAUCAAUACUGAUAGAUAUCGAGACUGGGUGAAGAUGAUGGCAGAUGGAAAUCAAGCUAUGCUUCGCGUCUGGGGAGGUGGUGUCUAUGAGCAUGACGCUUUCUAUAGUGCAUGCGAUGAAAUGGGCAUUUUAGUUUGGCAAGAUUUCAUGUUUGCAUGUGGUAAUUAUCCCGUAUAUCCCGAGUAUAUUGAUACCGUCAAGCGUGAAGCCGUAGCCAACGUUAAGCGCCUGCGACAUCAUCCGUCAAUCAUUAUGUGGUCUGGCAACAAUGAAGAUUACCAAUAUGCAGAAUCAGAAGGGCUUGCUUAUGAUCAGAAAGAGACUGACCCAGAUGCUUGGUUGAAGAGUGAUUUUCCGGCAAGAUACAUUUAUGAAAAGAUUUUGCCGAAGAUUGUGUCGAAGCUCACUCCCAACACACAUUAUCAUCCUGGCUCGCCAUGGGGAGGUCAAUCAAGUACUGACCCGACGGUCGGGGACAUCCACCAGUGGAAUGUGUGGCAUGGCUCCCAAGCAAAGUAUCAGGACUUUGACAAGCUCUCUGGCCGCUUUGUAUCCGAAUUUGGGAUGCAGGCACUGCCGAAUAUGCGAACAGUGAAAGAAUUUUUCAACAAAAAUGACCAACGGGAUCGAUAUGCCGAGUCUUCAACUGUAUCUUUCCACAAUAAAGCCGCCGGCCAUGAUCGUCGAUUAGGAAUAUAUCUGACAGAGAAUAUUCGAUAUAGAUUCAGGCCCCUCGAUCGCUACGUGUACUGCACUCAAGUCAUGCAGGCGGAUUGUAUCGCCUCAGCCUUUAGACUUUGGAAACGUCAAUGGAAGGGGCCGGGAAGAGAGUACUGCAGCGGUGCAUUAGUCUGGCAGACAAAUGACUGUUGGCCUUGUACCUCGUGGUCGAUUGCAGAUUAUCAUCUUAGACCAAAAUUGGCGUACUACGCCAUAAAGCGGGAGAUGGAGCCUAUCACCGUUGGUAUGAAGCGUGUCAUCACUGAAGCACCAGCUGACAAAUACACUGAAGCUUUCGUGAAGAAGACAUAUAGUAUCGAAAUGUGGGUCUGUAAUUUUGAUAUCCAAGCUCACCGCGUGGGCAUCAAGAUCCACACAUCCAACCUCGAUACUGGAGUCUGUGGUUAUCAUAGGUUGCUUUCUCAGAACGUGGUUCUCCCUCCUAACCAAACUACCGAGGUCUUCAGAUUCGACAUUCCAGUGAAGCACAAAGAUACCGGCGAAGAGCUCCAAACCGUUGUGGGUGCUGAGUUGAUAUAUGCAAGGCAGACCCAGCCGCAAGUAGACUUGAAGUCAAAGGUUUUCUUGAAUUGGCCAGAGCCUCUGAAAUAUGCACACCUACCAGACGGAACAAUGAGAAUCACCCUUCAUAGCGACAUCGAAAGCAAUGAUUCGUGUAAAGAUGACACUGCCGCAAGGAACCCAAAUCAGGGAGACAUCAAGAUCCUCAAACUUGACUCUAGCGUGCCACUGAAAUGUGUGUCUGUCGAAUUUGAGAGUAUAGACAAUCGUGCGGGAGCUGUGCUCAAUGAUAAUGGCUUUGAUAUGUGGCCAGGAUGUGCCAAAUACGUCAGUUUAGGCGUCUCCGAAAAUACAAGGCUGGUGAAGCCAAGGAUAAGACACCUUGGCAGUAAAAGGGACUGCGUCACCGAGUUGAAUAUAUCAACGGCUGGCCCACUCCAGCGGGGUGACUUCAAGCAAGAAGGGGAAAGCAUCGUUCUAGGUGCUAAUGCCCUUACCCCAGAUUCAACUAUAUAUCAGCAUAUCUGUCGAUAG